GGGGCUGACAGUCAAAUCCUAGCGAAGACACCACAGGGAGAAGCAUCCUUCGGCUCAGCCCCUCUGCGAUAAGAGGCGCCGGGCGAGAGAUGCUCCCAUGGGCGGCCACGGCCUCCUCCGCCGCCGCCGCCGCCCUUCUCCAUGCCUCUCCGCGCCCCGCUUCACACCGCGCUGCACUACCUCACUACCGUCCAUCUCCCUCUCUUCCGCCGCCGCUCUCAAUUGCCUUCCGGGCCCCGGCACGUGUCCUCCCUCGCGGCGGCGACGCCUUCUGGGAGGAGCCAGACGACGGCUCCGGGAGCGACUACGAAGAUAACGGAAAGCAAGCGACCGUACAAAGAAGCUCUCCUUUCCCUUCCCCCUUACCGCUCUCCAGGCUCGUUGCAAGGCGGCAGCAGGAGCGUGAAGAGCAGGAGCUCCGGAGAGAAAUCGAGCUUCUCUUAACGCCGGAAGAAGAGGCUAUCUUGGAUCAGAAUGAGACAGCUGAUGUCACCAAAAUAUCAUCACCCAAAUGGCAUCCGCUUCAUACAUACGCGUUGGCGCUGCAGAUACCUCUCAUGGACAAGCUGCUGGACAAUGGUGUUGAUAUUGAUUUAGUUGAUAAAGAUGGUUUUACUCCUCUUCACAAGGCGAUAAUAGGCAAAAAGGAGGCUGUCAUUAGCCAUCUCCUAAGAAAAGGAGCAAAUCCUCAUGUCACAGAUAGGGAUGGAGCCACGCCACUACAUUAUGCAGUUCAAGUUGGUGCCCUGCAAACCGUGAAGCUGCUGAUUAAGUACAGGGUCGAUGUUAACGUUGCUGAUGUUGAUGGCUGGACACCACUGCAUUUAGCGGUACAGAGUAGAAAUCGAGAUAUAACAAAGAUAUUGCUUGUCAAUGGUGCUGAUCAGACAAGAAGAACCAAUGGUGGGAAAACUCCAUUGGACCUGAGCCUAUGUUUCGGAAGGGAUUUCAACUCAUAUGAUCUGGCAAAGCUUCUCAAACUUGUUCCAGCCAACAGAGGUGUGUGAGGUUCUGUUCUGACAAAAAGUUCGAGACAAAGAUCAAAUGUUAGGAAGUUAGUAGAAUAUGGGAACUCUGUCUUUAGGUGGUUAUUCUGAUUGUUAAUGGACUGUUGAUCGCUCCUUUGCAUCCGGAUUCUAGAAGCUUAUGUAGAUGGAACCAGAAACAUGUAACCCGACAAGGACGAAAUAGUCAGCACUAGAUGAAAUUAUCCUAUGUGAGGACUCCAUGCAACUUGGAACUUGGAAAAUUUGAUCUGUGGUUGUUCUCAUGGACAUGCUGUGUAGUCUAUACAUCAUGCCUUCGGGAUAGGCAGUGGGCAUACAUGAAAUCAAACUGCUUGAACAGGGUAUCUCAGUUGGUGAUUUACUGUAAUUGGAUAAAGCUUGCCUCAGAUGUAACUGGAUUAACAACAUUCAGAGACGAGUUGGUGUUACCAGUUAUUACAUGAUGGCGACAUUAUGAAGUUGUGAUUGUAUUUUCUUCAAACUGUAGAAUUCAGAAGAGUCAUUUUCAUUUUUCA